ACGUGCAACGUGCAACCCGUACUGGGCAAAACAACUCAUGACCACGUGUCCGGUCAGGAUGGCAUUUGGCUACCUCUUACUCUGUCUGCGGCUGUGGCUGUUCCUACAGAUUGCGCAUACGCAGCGUGUGAUGACGACAUACAUUGAAUCGUAUAAUGAUUAUGGCCACAAUCAUGAUGAGGAAAGGCUCCACUACGCCCAUCAAUAUCACAUUUCCGAUCCGAAGAGUCAAGUGCACAUCCUCCAUCGAGAACAGCGUCAUGGAGAUCACGUCCUUGGGACCUACAGCCACUUGGAGCCUGGGGGACACAUACGCAGCGUUCACUACGAAGUACGCGGACCCCACCAGGGCUUUAGGGCUGUCAUUCAGCAGCGAACGGCCCACAGCCGAGUACAUCAGUCCCUGGAGUUCCGGCGCAAGCAGCCGUCUCGCCCCCUGGCCCUGGCGGAGCCUGUGGCAUUUGUGGUUUAG